CCCGCCGCUGGUAGGCCACUUCUGUGCUAAGCAGCAGUAAACAAUAUCCACAGCGAUUUCUCUUUCCUUUUUGAAUUUUUUCCUGAAUUUGUCUUUUACAUGCCUCGUUCAUACCGGGACAAGCCUUUCAUAUUUUAUAGAUGCUUUUCCUUCUCUUCUCUUGCUCAUUCUUUCACAGCCCCUGUUUGCAAAUUGUUGGUUUUCACUGAAUUUAGCUGUCUUUCAAUCCAACAACAACAAUUCAAUCUCGAAGCAGAAGAAAUGGUAGGAUGCCAACUUUAUGUAAAGAACACAAAUUGGCUCAGCACUCUUUUCCAUAGCGAGUUCUUUGAUUCUUGUGGUCUGCAUCAAGAACACAGAAAGAACGAGAAAAACGUGUUUUGCAUCGAUUGCAGAGUUGGGUGCUGUCGACAUUGUAUGGAAUCUCAUUUUCUUCAUAGACAAUUUCAGAUCUGCAAAUAUGUUUAUCAUGAUGUUGUUCGCCUUCAAGAGAUUCAAAAACAUCUUGACUGUUCUAAAAUUCAGACUUACAAGAUAAAUGGUGAAAAGGCUAUUCAUCUGAAACCACGGCCUCAGCCUAAAGAUGCAAGGCCAUCCACGAAAGCGAAGCUUGGUGCUUCUUGUGAAGCAUGUGCAAGAUAUCUACAAGAUGUCCCCAAUCGCUUCUGCUCCAUUGCAUGCAAGGUUUCAGUGGAGCUUAAAGAUCAAAGCCACAAUAUCAUCCCCUUCUCAAUUCAGGAAUUUCCUGACCUUUCCUGGAAGGAAAACUGCAGUGCAGAAAGGCAUUCAAGUGAGAACGAAUCGUCACUUUCUUUGACUGAUAUGUCUGAGGAUACUCCAGGUUGGAUCAAUUCAGCUUUGAAACCAAGAAGACAAUUGCACAAGAGAAAAGGCGUCCCACGUAGGGCUCCCCUCUGCUAGGCAAAACAAUAAACAUGUUUCUUUUUUUCUUUUUUCCUCAAAUUAUAUUUCUAUACACACACACACACACUUGUGGUUCAUAUAAGGUAUUUAAUUAUUAAGAUCACAGUUAUAUUAAUCCAUAAAUAGCCUUUCAGAACAAAUUACUCCCGAGUAGCCCCCCAUUUGGAGGUAAAAAUUAUGUUAGUCAAGAUGAAGAGCCAACAAUAAGAGGGGGUUGGGCGGGGGUUCACUUUAGGUUGUAUAGCUCGCGUGUUUGUGUCUGCUAUAUAGAAAUAAUGAAGAAAAGCUUAGCAAAUCUUUAACUUGUAUCUAUGCUGAAGAGUCUAGGUGGUUCUAUUAUGACUAAUUAGUUCUAUAAUCUUUGUCUGUAGUAAUUUUAGUAAAACAGGAUAGAGUAAGAAACAUUAGUUAUAUGUAUGCGUCAUUAUGAAGUGAUUCCACUUGGGGUCUCUGUUCUUGAUGGGAAUGUUUCUAAAUUUGUUGGCAUGCAUGUGGUUGCUUUUCUUCUCUUUUCUCUAAUUUGUUAGGCCGUCAAAGAUCGAUAGGUUGGCCUCAAUCUCUGUCGAAACCGGUAUAGAUAAACUAUUUCAGCAUGGUUCUUAGCAGUUUGUCCAAUAUGUCUACCUGGGACCCUCUCCUUGCAUUAUGGGAGCGAUGUUUUGUUAAAUGCUGUUAUCUUGAAGAAAGUGGAUGACAAAAGAGCCGCCAGAAUAGUUCGUAAGCAGGUGGCCAAGCCUUGAAAUAACUAAAUAGCUACAUCUAUGAGUAUGCUGCACAUGGAUGCCCAGAUCUUUUCCUCUCUUUUUUUCUUGGGGAGGCACAUGACUAUACGUUCAUGCCGUGCUCUUGCGUUUUGCACUCACCUUGUUAUAGAAAAUCAAUGGGGAAUUUGUCAUGUCUUGAUGUGCAUGCAUAUUGCAGAGGAAUGUGUGGCCAUCUUUAGAUACAAAAAAAUAAAAAAAUUGGGUAUUAUUUUGGGGAGUUCCAUGUGAUGAGCUUUGGAGGUUUGAACCUGGUCAGUGAGAUUGGUAGCUUUUGUCCGUACUCAGCGUG